AGUAGCAUCCAUGAUAGCAUCAAGGUUGCGGUGGGGCAAACUACCCUAACAGUUCCGCAGUCCAUCAAGGCGAGGGCGCUGUUGUACGUAUGGUCUUUGAGAACAUGGUGGUAGAUCAGCAGCCAGUCAAGACAGCAGGAUAACAACACAGCAGAGAUCAUUAUUUUAAGAACUGGGAUUAAAAAGGCUAAACUAUAUGCAACGAUUGUGAUGAAUUUCUAAGGCUUUUGGCAGACCACGAGAGAGAGAGAAGCAAAUCCGGAUUUUACCACUGUGACUUGUUUUGGGGGAAAAAAACCUGAGGUGGAGCUUUACUGGAAUCGUAUUGCUUUUUAGCUAGCUGGCUAACAUGCAGCUUUAGUGUUUGAAUUUGCACGAAAACGGGACUCUGGGAUAUAUCGAGCUGGAAUUUGCAUGGCCUGCCACUAUCUCGACCACUUUAAAAUCCACCUAUUCGCAUGCAAUUAAAGUCAUGCUGGCCUUUCAUUUUGCAGACAUAGCUGGUUAGCUAGCUACCUCCAAAGGACCGACUCGUUGGCGCAGCUGAAAGCCGAACUCACGGCGCUUUCGCUUGGUCUGAGGACCAACGCCAUGCCGCGGGUUGAAAUUGGCCCUUCUGUAGAGCUAACUUCAGGAAGCUAACGCUAGCUGGAUAGCAGGCCGCUUCAGAUGGUCGUUAUCAUUCCCUAGUCAGCUAAUUAGAUAAGUCACAACUCAAAGUUGAGAAUCACCUUUAACUUUCAUUUUGCACGGUGGUUUCAUUUUCAUAAGCCCAACGGCAGACCUAGCUAAUGCCGGGUAAUCUGCUAGUUAGCUAUCUAGCGAGUAAAGCCAACGGUAACAGUUAACGUCUGGGUUGAUUGUUGUUUACAGUGUGCUAGCAUGUACAUUUCUGCCAGUUACAGUUACCUUGGAAGCGGGUUGGACUGAUGUGGUAAUUGACUUUUUACUGAUCAAACUGAGGUACGUUAUUUUAUGUCUGGAGCAAUUUGCAUUAGCUAACAACAUACACAUCAGUACAGUUACAGAUAGCGCAUAUCAAAAUCACUUUGGGCAUUCAUGUUAGAUUUUAACAUAAUCUAUGCAAGCAUAUGACUGAGAAAUGAGCGACAUUAAGGUUAGUGCCUAACUUGUUUGGGAUUAUUUAGGUUGGCACAGCUGUUGAAAGCCUCACAUGUAAGCAAGUCUGUCUGCGUGUAAUGUUUUGGUUAGUUAACGUUAUUUCAUUGAAGGUCGUUAAAUAGUAUUAAACAUAAUGCCGUGCUGUUAUCUGGACGUCAGUUAUGCGUGUUGAAGCAGUUACUUUAUCUUCCCUGAAUUAGCUUUACACAGACACUGUAAGGCAUGGGAGCUGUUGACCUCCUGGAGCAGAGCGAGACAUAUCAGCCAUUCAUUCAUGAUUGAUGACCUUUCAGGAAGCACUGUCCUUUAUCCAUUUUCCACUACAGCUUAACCACUGCAUCAAGCCACUUACAGUCUUUGUUAUAGUAUGUAUUUUUAACCACUAAUGUAACCUAGUGAAGAGGGAUACUGGGAUGAUUUGAGUGUUAGUUUUAGCAGCACUUUCAUUUAAAGUCCCACUGACACCAAACUGGAACCACUGGUGUGGAUGGGAACAUGAGGAGCACUUUGUCUGAUCUGAACCAGCUUCCAAGUUGCUUGAAGAUCUGAUCAAAGCACAACAGAGAGCCCCAUUGUGUGGACUGAAAACUGAAGAGGAAAGAGACGAUGGUGAUGAUAAAAGAGGUCCAGCGACAGUGUUGAUCCCUCACCAGGAAGCAGAGGAGUGUCACAAGGCUGCAGACAUGAGUGUCCGCCAACCCACCUCUACACUGGACAGCCCUUUUGCUGCUUGGCUCAGCAGUCUGACCAUCGGGGACUCUGACCGCAAAUCCUCUGCCACCCAGCAGAGGGAGCCAGCUGUUGACGUCCCUGCUGAGUGUACGGUCCCUGGUCUUGUCCAGAGAUGUGUGGUCGUGCAGAAGGACCAGCUCGGUUUCGGCUUCACAGUGUGUGGAGAGAGAGUCAAGCUAGUACAGAAUGUCCGACCAGGUGGUGCAGCAGUCAAGGCCGGGGUCCAGGAGGGUGACCGAAUCAUAAAGGUGAACGGCUCGCUGGUGUCCUCCAUGUCCCAUCAGGAGGUGGUAAAGCUCAUCAAAUCUGGACCGUACGUAGCUCUGACACUACAAGGGCCGCCCCCUUCAGCUGCCUCCUUGUCUUUAGAGCCCCUCGCCACUGACCUCAUACCCAAUCAAAGAACGUCUGUGGGUGGGGAGGCUCCACCCCCUCCACCUCCACCCUUGCCCUCUGGACUGAGCAGCACCCCUACCCAAAGAAUCACUGGACCCAAACCACUACAGGACCCAGAAGUACAAAAACAUGCCACUCAGAUACUCAGGAAAAUGCUGGAGCAGGAAGAGGCGGAACUGCAGGACUUGCUGGAGGAGCAGUUGAGGAACCCGUCGCCGUCACUGGAAGAGCGGAUUGAAAGUGCCAAGAGGAGAGCUCACCAAGUCAGGGUCAAGAUUCAGCAAGAUCUGGACGGAACGCGAUCAGAAUCUGUCAUAAGCUACGUCAUAGCAGGAGAAGGUCGACUCUCUAUGGACUCAAGCGAAGGAGACAUGGAGGCCUUUGAGAGUCCCCACUCCUCCCCCUCAUCCUCCUUCAGGAUCCCCCAACACCGACGGCAGAACUCCGACACACACACCCUGUUUGAUUCGGGCGGAAAGGCCCAGAUCAUCGGCCCAGAGGAAGAGGAUGAAGAAGAUGACUGCUAUACAUUUAAUGAGAUGGAUGGUCCAUUUCAGGACAUCGAGUUGUUGAAGUCACGACCAGCACACAUGGCGGUGUUCAUGAGAUACGUUUUCACCCAGCUCCUGGACCCCAACCCUCUGCUGUUUUACCUGUCGGUGGAGGCCUACCUGGGCUCCAGUCCUAAAGACGCCCGCGCACUUGCACCUCAGAUCUGCUCCCAUUUCCUGGACCCAGAUGCUCCUCUGAAAAUCAAAGUACGAGAGGAGUAUCUCACAGAUAUAGCAAAUCGACUUCAUGCCCAGGAGGACAUCAGAGGACCUUUGUCUGAGUUGCAGCAACAAGUGCUUCCAGACAUCCAGGACCAGAUACAGGACUAUAGGAACAAGCAGAUGAUGGGUCUUGGCUCUCUGUUUGGAGAAGGAGACCUGCAGCAGCUGGAUGGAGACCCGGUGAAAGAGAGACAGGUGGUGGACAGACAGGUCACUGCCCUCUGGGAAAUACUAUCAAAGCACGAAGAGGACAGAAGUUCUCCUCUGGCGUCGGCUGUGCUCCUAUACCUGCGUCAUUCUGGUAUCAAGCUAAGAGACUCCAAGGUCUUCCCUGGUCUGAGCACAGAAAAGGAGAAGUGGCUCGCUUUCUUAAAGACAAAAAAGCUGAGUGGUAUCAAGAAAGACAAAGAUGGAGAGGACAAAAAGAGAAAUCCCAUCCUGAAGUACAUCGGCAAACCCCGGACCACAUCCCAGUCCACAUUCAAUGUCCCGUUGUCACCGACCGAAGUCCGUCCUGGCAGUGUGAGGAACAUCAUUCAGCAGUUUGAGAAUCACACAGAAACGACAGGAGAGGAGGGAGGCGAUGCCACCGACCCCCAGAGGCUCUCCUCCAGCAGCCUGGGAGAAGACGGCAUGGCCAGCCCUACGGUCUCAGUGCGUCUGGCACGUAGCGAGUCGUUGAAGGCUCAGGGAGAAGGGCGUCGGCGGGGCGUUGUCUCAGGAACGGAGUCUGUCCCUCGCUCUCGUAGUGACGUGGACAUGGAGGACUGCGGGGAGGAAAGGGAGGGGCCAGGUCUCAGGCCGCUGCAGCACAGCACCUCGUCGUCUGCAUCCAGCAGCUCUGCACGGUCUCUAGAGAACCCUACACCCCCAUACACCCCUCGGUCUAGACGCAGGAGUGUGGACUCAGCAUUGGCCCUGCUGCCGGACGCCGCGGCGCUGGAGGAGGAGGUGUGUGACAGUCAGAACUGGCAGGACACAGUUCCUCCUCAGCUCCUCUCAACGCUCAGUCCGAGGGAGGUGGACAGGCAGGCCGUCAUAUACGAACUGUUCACCACCGAGGCGUCCCACCUGCGGACCUUGAGGGUCCUGGACCAGGUCUUUUUCCAGAAGAUGAGGUCUGUGCUGAACUCUGAUGAGCUGGCCUGCAUCUUCCCCAACCUGCCCCAGGUCUACGAACUCCACGCCAGUCUGUGCGAGGCGAUGAAGAAGCGAAGAGAAACUCCCAUCGUUCAAGACAUUGGGGACGUUAUGCUGGCCAGGUUUGAAGGUGCAGCUGGAGACGAGUUUCAGGAACAAGCGUCCCAGCUGUGCAGCCAGCAAUCUCAGGCUCUGGAGCUCAUCAAGAACAAACAACGUAAAGACCCUCGCUUCGCUCACAUUAUCCAGGAGUGUGAAGCGAGUCCUCACUGUCGGAGGCUGCAGCUCAAAGACCUGCUGGUGUCAGAGAUGCAGAGACUCACCAAGUACCCCCUGUUGCUGGACAACAUCAUGAAACACACAGAGGCCGGCUCGUCAGACCUCCCCUCACUUCAGCAUGCCCAAGCAUGUUGCAGAGGGAUACUGCAGGCUGUCAACGAGGUUGUCAGGGAAACAGAACACCGGCAGCGCCUCAGCCAAUACCAACGCAGGCUGGACGCUGCCCCUUUAUUCAAGAGUCUGGACCUCACCACUAAGAGAAUGAUUCAUGAAGGUCCUCUCACGUGGAAAGUCAGCAAAGAUAAGCAGAUAGAGAUUCAAGCACUGCUGCUCUCCGACUGCCUGGUCCUUCUACAGAGGGGCCCAGACGACCGUCUGCAGCUGAGAUAUCCAUCCCGCUGGCUGGGUGGAGGCGGAGGAGGCAGCGGAGACAGCAAGACCUCCUUCAGCCCUCUGGUGAAGCUGGACUCGCUGCUGGUCCGCUCGGUAGCUACAGACAACAAAGCCCUCUACGUCAUCAGCACCACAGAGAGGCAGAUCUAUGAGCUGGUGGCUGGGACGUCAUCAGAGAAAAACACCUGGAAAGAUUUACUUGAAAAGACCAUGUCAUCGGCUGGCGGUUCAUCACCCCUGAUUAAUCAUGGAUCUAUACCUAUAUCUUCCCCCAGUCUACGCAGUGCAUCCCCAGUCUCAACUGGCAGCAACGUCUAUGCAGACAACUCCAUGACAGAGCAGUCAGAUUCCAUGGAGACUCACUCCUCCAACGACGACAUUGCGCUCUCAGCCAACACACCUUCGGACCAAUCAGGAGCUUUCAUCUGUGGUGAAAGAAAAGCAGUUGGUGUGGCAGAUUCCGCUUUACAAGACGUUGAAACACUACGGCACCUUAUAUUACGAGAUUUCGAAGAGGACGGUUGGAGCCACGAUUCAGAUGACACGCCCACCAACGAGACGGCCAAUGAAAGGAGCUCGUUCACCGAAAGUCAGCGGCCAGAGUCUCUGGAGACUGUCCUCAACUUCAGCACCAACGAAUGGGAGGCUGAGCCUGAAGAGGAUCCGCCCCCAGACGCAGAGCAGCCCAGCGUUCAGGUCGUAAGGAAAGCUGUGGUUGCGGGUCCUUCUUCUUAUUCUUCUGUCCCCGAUGACAUCACUGAUGAUGUCACCCUCCCCUCUGACCAAUCAUCUAAGCCAAGAGGCGAGGCCACUACGCAGGGGAACACUUUCUACUUGGUGAUGCCUACAGAGCAGGGAGAGAGUGCCACUGAUGACCCCAACGACCCUCCUACCCCCACAGCCAGCCACUUCCCCCAGCCUCUGGAGGAAAUGACAUCACCACAGAUGCAGCCAGAGCACGAAACACCCACCUGCGGUUCAGAGCCCAACCAAUCAGAGGCUAUGCAAAUAGAACAGGAAGAAGAAACGGGCCAAUCGCAGGCUGGGCACCAGAGUCACGUGAUCAAAAAUGUGGAUGAGAUUUUCCACACGAUUGAGGGGCUGAUGAGCAAGUUGCGCCAGCUGAAGGAAAUAGAGAAGGCCCAUCACAAGCUUUUGAAAACCCUCAGAGAGCCAUCUGUCAAUCAGGAGUCAGAGGAACAACAGUGUCUAUCGGCAACUGUCUCCAGAACACCAUCUCUGGAUCGCGGUUCAGGAGACGGCAAAGAGGGCAGUCCAGCAGAGCCCAGGAUUCAGUCGACUGGAUUCUGAAGUCGCUGCAGAGUGGAUUUUCUUGCAGUCACUCAAUCCUGAUUGUUGGCAUAAGGACGCACCCAUGUGUACCCACUGUCAGACUCGGGCACCUCAGCCGCACCUCCCCUCGUCCCUGCAUGCACUGGCCAGUUUUACAGAGCCCAGGAAGGACCGUGGUUGGUUUUUUUUUUUUGGUUUUCUGUUGCCCUGGGAUACCAGGAAGCUGGCCAGAUUCACCAGGAUUUCUGAGGUCAGCACAAGUUCUGGCUUCUACCAGAGCAUGAGGGAGUCCAGGGCAGAGUGAGGAAACAGUAUGAAGGAACAAAAAGGCAGAAGACAAGUUGACUGGUGAAGAGAAAGGAAAAGUUUGAAGAAUUGAAAGUGGAAAAAUGACUAAGUUGGAUAUUUGUGAAGGAACAUGAGUUGUAUGUCUCGCUUUAAAGAGCUGGUUUGAAGGAACGGAGCAGAAAAGUUUUGAAAUGUUAAUUUAAGGAAAAACCCGAGGGACCCAUCACCCCUGCACUUUACCCACAAUGCAUCCCUCUGUCAUGUACGUCCUCUACAGUGGACGGAUCAGGGACUGGAGAUGCCAUUGGCUUUAUUUAGGGGCCGACAUUUGAGCCAAGAUGGCCUCCAGGGGUCCCCUAUCCCCCUCCACUGGUUGCUUUACACUGAGUUCACCUGCUACCACGGCCGAAGGACUGUGUCUAUAUAAUUCAGGUUAUUUGCACUGGGUAAGGAAACCACCAUCACACACACACACACAGAUCAUUUAACGGUUUCAUUCAUCUCAGACCAUCGUAUCCCCACACUGGGAGAAACACUAGAGUUAUUGUCAUUGGAAACAGUUGCAGCCACACUGACAUAUCCUUAAGCCUUCUUUUAAGCUACAAGAUGGUUGUUUGGAAGCAUUAGUGCAGCAUAUUGAUUCAUGUUCAUGUCGAUUGUUCAUUUUUAAGUUCUGGAAACACUACUGCGCUGUUUACUACUGAAAUGCUGGCAGGUUUUAUUUUCAGCGCUGCUUCAGAGGUGUACAGGGAUCUCAGCGAUUAAAAUAACAAGCUCAGUGGAUUCACACAGCUGUUCAGUGAUCAUGUAAAGUUGUUAAGGAGUUAAGUUUGGGACAGGCAAUGUUGAUGAAGAGUGUGAGGAAAGAGGACAAAUACAGAUUCAAACUAUGAAACUUGAAUUUUCACUGAAAACCUGUUUGUCACUCAAUCAAAUUGCUGCCAAAUAUCACUGUUGACGUUGCCUGUCUACACUAUAAGAUUUGACUGUGCAUCCUUUAGCCCUCUCUCAUUGUGUGUCUCAGUGUAUUGUGUGUGUAAAUACCACGGUAAAGACUGUGAAACAGCAACUUAUCCCUUCUCCCAUCCAAUGGUCUUACCAUACAUAGUGUUUAUAUCCAUCUAGCCCACAUCCAAAGCCAUGAAAGGACUACUUGCUCUUUACUAAGUAGCCUCCCCCCCACACCACCACACACACACACACACACACACACAGAACUUAUAUUUACUAGGAGAAAUUAAAAGCUUUGUAAAAUAAAAUUUUACAAACUUGAGUAUACGCACAUGGUCCAAGUCAAAAAAGUACUGCUAUAUGCAGCUGUUAUGUGAUCGCAGCACAGUUAGAUGAAGCAAAAAUUUAUUUUAAGGAAUAGUUUGACAUUUUUAAAAAUACUCUUAUUUGCAAAGAUCGAUACCGCUUUCAUAUCUGUACAGUUAAUGUAAAGCUAACGCCAGCAGCUGGUAAGCUUAGCUUAGCAUAAAGACUGGAAACAGGGGGAAAACAGCUAGACGGAUUUUGUUAUCUGUAGACAGAGCCAAGCUAGCUGUUUCCCCCUGUUUCUAGUCUUUACGCUAAGCUUAGCUAAGCGGCUGCUGGCUCUAGCUCUGUACUUAACGCAUGGAGUGGUAUCGAUCUCAUCUAACACUCUGAGAAGAAAGCGAAAAAGCGUAUUUCCCAAAAUGUCAAACAUUUCCUUUAACUAUUUUUGGAACAUAUGUAGGAGUCAAUAAUUGUCUUUGACGUUCAGGAAAAUUUUUGUACGCCUUGACUGAGGCAUGUGUAACCAGCAAAGACUGACACUAAAGCUAAGUGCUUUUCCCUUUUUUUUUUCUCUCUCAAACUCCAUCAGUUAGAAUUAAUUCUAACAGAAAAUAUGUAUUUAAACUGUUACAAUGAAAGAAGUUCUUUUGUGUACCAGUUUAAAUGUUUUUUUUUUUAAAUGUGUUUUAGCCUCUGUCUCUUAUCAAGCUGGGCAGAAUCGCACUGGACUGAAUUUUAUUUGAGCUGGUUUCAAAUACUAAAUGAGGAGUGCUUUAGUGAGUUACCCAGCCUCUUUACUAGCUUCAAAACUGACAGUACACUACCAAACUGAACCAAACCAGGAGCCAAGUAUAUUUACACACUACCAGCCAAUGAUUCUACUAUUAAAACGAUAUUUCACUGCCAGGUGGAAGGUUUUCACUCUUUAGCCAAAACACACUGAAGGAGUUGUCAAUGAGUCAAAUCAAAGUGUAGCUUGGCAACAAAGUUUAGGGAACAAAGUUUAUUUGUUUUCUUGACAUUUUGGCUGCUGAUUAUCAAGCAUCUCAGACCAGAAGUUUUAUCAAUGAAAAGAAAAAUAGAUUCCUUACUUUUAACACUAUGGACACACAGUCAUCACAUACAUAAUGUGUGUGUUGUCCAUAAUUUGACACAAAAUUCCAGAUGGUCUGAGCUGGUUGAAUCAGGAUCUCUUCUUCUCCUCGACAAAUCUCUUUCCACGCAUCUCCUCUUCUUUCCUCCCACCUCUAACUAACUACAGCAUUUUUCAUCUCCAAUUUCUACCUCUACACUUCAGUUUCUUUGUAUCUUCCAUGAUUUCUUUUUUCCCCUACAUUUAUCUUGUACAUUGACAUCAGCGUUGUUGCCCUAACCGGCUGUAAAAUAAAUAAAAAGGCUAUACCUUCCUUUUUUUUUUUAAAUGUUGCACAGAUAAACUUCCCUGCACGGUGCAAACUACUGUAUGCAUACACACAUCUUUAACUAUCAUCUCAUUGUCUUUUUAUUUUGUGUCUUUAAAAAAAAAAUAAAUAAAUAAAAAUCUUGUUCACUCGUACUAUAGAGAGAUCAGACCCACUUGUUUUAUAUAUGUUAAUUUUUUUCUGUAAAGCCUUAGUCCACGUAUUUGAUUUUAUUUUUGUAGAUAUGAUAAAAAAGGAUGUAUAAAUUAUUUUCUUCUCCCUUGUUUUUAAAAUUGGUGAGAUUGUUUAGCUGCACAGAAGGAAAAAAGAGCUCAUGUCUCAUCUCAGAUUCAUGUGUUUUGUGAGAUUAAAAAGAAACUGGAUAAAGAAAAUGA